GACGUUGUCAUAAGCCACCGUCACGCCAAGUCCAUUCACCUUUGCGUUGCCAUUCCUUCUCAUUCUACUCGUCUGUCGAUGGAGCGAGACGCGAAUCCGACUCACCAACCGUCGUUCUGCAAGAUGGGCUGCGGCUUUUACGGCUCGGCCGCCAACGAGGGCAUGUGCUCGCAAUGCUUCAAGGAAUCGGUGAAAAAACGCCAACAGACGUCACCAGUCGUCACAAGAAACACACCUUCGCCGUCCAGCACGUUUCUACUAGCCGCUGCUGCGUCGGCGAAGCAAUCGUCGCCUCGAGGCGGGGAGAGUCUGACAGAGUCGCCGCGCCUGACCGAUAUCGACUCGGUCGAUCAUGCCGAGUCGGUCGACGGAGCGCGCGCACUCGGGCACGACGUCAGCGCGGAAUCGAGUCCAGGCGCGGGUUCGUCGCCCGUCGACGCGACGAAGAAAUUGAAGAGAAAUAGAUGUUUCACGUGUAAGAAGAAAGUUGGUCUGACAGGAUUUGAAUGCAGGUGCGGCAAUCUAUUCUGCAGUCUCCAUCGAUACAGCGACAAACAUCAAUGUACCUACGACUACGCGGCUGACGCUCGAGCAGACUUGGUGAAGAAGAACCCGGUCGUAGUCGCCUCAAAGAUUCAGAAAAUCUAAAGUCGCUUAGCUAUUUAAUUUUAUGAUGUGUGGGACGUCAGUGUGGAUUAGAUCCUUAGGACUUGCGGAGUAGCAGUUUGGUAUGUACAGCAGGGAUGCAUUGGUUGGGGCAUUGUCUCGUCUUUGUAAUCAUAUGAUCACAAUCUAUUGCAAUGCUGUGGCAUAGUGCAAAGGUUGGCAGUUAUUUGAGUUUAAUUAAAGAAAAUCAUGCUAACGAG